UAUAUUUGUAUAUAUUUUUCAAAGCCUGUUUAUGUAAUUUGAUGUUCCAAUUUAAACUGCGCGCCAAGCUAAGGGAGUGUUAUCAGAAACCAGAGUAGCCAGACUUUACAAUAAUAUCUGCGACGUUUAGCCACACUACUUUCAGCACACAUGUGCAUUUCAAUAUUUUGAUUCGUUUAUUUACCUUUUUUUGUGGCCAUAUAACACAAAACCGAAAGGAUAAUGAACGUCAGUGAGGACUUCAAGCCAGUGCCCACGAGGGCACAACUGGCACUGCAGAAGAAGCAGGCCAACAGCGAAUUCAAAGCGCUGGUGUUCCACGAACCGCAAUCGCAGCCAAAUCGGCCAACAGAUGCUAAAAAGAAGGAUCCAGACACCGAAAAUCCAUUGAAGGGCAAAGGUAUGCAGUCAAAGGACAUCAAUCCAGAGUUCGACAUCAAAAGGGCCCGCCAUGAGGUCCUGAACUUCGCCAGGAACAAUCAGCGGGUGAUCAAGAACAAGAGGAAAAUGGAAAUCUUUCAGUUGCAGAAACUGGGCGCCAAGCCGCUGCCGAAGGCGUCGAAGAACUACAAGGAGCUGAAGGAUGAGCGCCAGCGCCUGAAGAACAUCCGAGAGGAGCGCAAGAAGUUCCACCAGUUGGGCAAAAAUCAAACUGGAGCGGCAAGCGUCAAGUGCCGCACCAACUUACAGAAGGAUCGCAACCAGAAGAAGCGGGCGCCUGUUUCCAAUAUCGAUCAGCACUAUGGCAAGGCGCAGCCCAAGUUCAAAAGGCGGAAAUAGUCAUACAUAUUUUUUUAAAUUAUGUUAAAGAUAAUAUAGUUAAAUAUACUAAAGAGA